AUGGCUUCUCCGCUACGGUUUGCCGCCGCCGGCCUCUCAUCUCUCAAUGCAGCAGCCCCACGUCGAUUGGCGGCGGCGGCGGCAGCAUCUAUACCCGCGGCUGUCGCCCCUUUCCCACGGCCAGCUUCGCGACAACAACAACAACGAAGACGACAGCAACAGCAGAGGCGUCAUAUAUCGUCACCAUCGUCCUCAAAAACGUCGUCGGUCAACCCAGACGAAGUGUCGCACUUCAACCACCUCGCAGCCGACUGGUGGGACCCGCACGGCUCGUCGAGACUCCUACACCUGAUGAACCCUCUCCGCCACGACUUCAUCGCCUCCUGCCUGGCCAACUCUGGCCCGAGCUCGGGCCCGGGCUCGGCGGCAGCAGGACUCGCAUACCUGGACGUCGGCUGCGGCGGCGGCAUCUUCGCCGAGAGCGCGGCGCGCCUCCCCACGACGCGGAGCGUGACGGCCAUCGACCCGACGCCCGAGGUUCUGGCCGUGGCCCGGGCGCAUGCGCGCAAGGACCCGUCCCUGGCGUCGCGCCUGACGUACCGGCAGUGCGCCAUCGAGGACCUCGACGCCGCCCCGGCCUCCUUCGACGUCGUCUCCGUCUUUGAGGUCAUCGAGCACAUCGACCGGCCGGCCGACUUCCUCGACGGGGUUCUCCCCUUCGUCAAGCCGGGCGGCUGGCUCGUCAUGAGCACCAUCGCCCGCACGUGGAUCAGCUGGUUCACCACCAACCUCGUCGCCGAGGACCUGCUGCGCAUCGUGCCCCCCGGCACCCACGAUUGGAACAAGUAUAUCAACGACCACGAGCUGUGCCGCUACUUCUCCGAGAAGCCCGGCUGGGGUGUCUCGCGCGUCAUGGGCGUCGUCUACGUCCCCGGCCUCGGGUGGAGGGAGGUCCGGGGCAGUGAGAAGAUUGGCAACUACUUCCUGGCCGUCAGGAGGGAGCCGGAACCCUGA